UCUUUCGAGGCGAAGCUCCGCCUCUGGACCAUCGCAAAUCUGUGUAUGUGAGAGAGAUGAGCAGGAGCAGAAAGCCGUCCGGACCGUGUGCAUGAUAAGUGAGGUCCACAUCCAUCCCAGUCCAGCUUGAGCGUCGGUUCGAUGAUGGCCGCGGCUGUGGAGAGAGGAGGGGUCCGGGCCGCCUUCAUGAACCCGGGUGUCGGUGCACCCGCUCCCGCACCCGCUGCCGUUGCGCCCGGAGGAUCAGCCAUGGCCGGAGCUGUGGGUUCGGGCUCGGGUGCGGCGGGUUUGGGUCCCAUCAUGCCUGUGCCUAUGAAUUUAUUUGCAACGUGGGAGAUUGACCGCUCAUCUCCGAGCUGUGUUCCGAGGUUGUGCAGUCUGACGCUGAAGAAGCUGAUCGUUCUGAAAGAGCUGGACCGCGAGCUCAGUUCUGUGGUUAUCGCUGUCAAGAUACAGGGGUCAAAACGCAUCCUGAGGUCGAAUGAGUACAUGCUCCCACCCAGCGGCCUGAUGGAAACAGACCUGGAACUCACCUUUUCCUUACAGUACCCACAUUUCCUGAAGAGAGAUGCCAACCGGCUGCAGAUCAUGCUUCAAAGGAGGAAACGCUAUAAAAACAGAACUAUUCUGGGCUACAAGACGCUGGCCGUUGGUGUUAUUAAUAUGGCUGAGGUGAUGCAGCACCCGACAGAUGGAGGCCAGAUUUUAGGUCUCCAUAGUAACGUGAAGGAAGCACCAGUGCGUGCAGCGGAACUGAGUGUUUAUUCACUGUCCAGUCAACCUAUUGACCCAGAGGACGGCAGUGGUCAGCCAGAGACAAAGGCCAAAGCUUCAGACCGUUCUCCAGAUAUGGAUAACUAUUCUGAAGAUGAUGAUGAUAGUUACUCGUCAGAGCAGGAGGCGAGUGAUGACGCUGUUCAAGGCCAGGACCUUUAUGAUGAAGACGAUGAUGUUCAGCGAAAGCCAAAAAAAUCUAGGAGGAAAAUGAUUAGAACUACAUCUAUGACCCGGCAACCCAAUUUCAAGCAGAAGUUUGUUGCUCUCCUGAAGAGAUUCAAAGUAUCUGAUGAGGUCUUGGACUCAGACCCGGUUGAUCAGACGCAGGAGGUUGAAGAUUUGGAUCUUCUGUACGACAGUCUGGAGGUUUAUAACCAGAGCGACAGUGGACCAGAGAUGGAGGACAACGAGAGUCUGCUCAGCACUCCCAAACCCAAACUAAAGCCGUUCUUUGAGGGAAUGUCUCACUCCAGCUCGCAGACGGAGAUCGGCAGUUUGCACAGUCAGAAGAGCCAACCGAGAGAGCCGACCUCCACUUGUGGCGAUCUGUUAACAGUAGAUAAGAACAGGGCAGCGGGUGGCCGAUAUCCAGAUGACCCUAAAGUCGUGGACUCUGCAGCUGGGGAGCUGGUGGAGGACGAGGCGGGCGGCGGCGUGGCAACAUGUGACGCCAGCAUGAGCUGGGACGUGAGCGCUGAGAAAUUAGCAGGAACGGUGGGCAAACUCUGCAAGGCUGAGUCGCAGACUCUCAUGUCGCCUAGUAAAACAGACAGUAAGCUGCAGCGACGUCCACGGAGCACGUCCAUGAAGGACAGACAGAACUCUAAAGCUCAGAGCGAUCGCACCAGCAGCAUCGAGAGCGAAACCUCACCAGACUCCAGACUCAUCACACAGGUUUGUGUCCCAAGGAAAUCGGUGUACGAUCAGCUAAAUCAGAUCUUGAACUCAGACGAACAUCUGCCAGAGAAUAUCAUUCUUAUUAACACUACAGACUGGCAAGGGCAGUAUUUGAAUGAGAUUCUUCAGGAGCACAAGCAGCCUAUUGUGUCCACCGUUUCCCCCGCAGAUGUUCAGGCCGCCUUCAACACCAUCGUCACCAGGAUUCAACGAUUCUGCAACUGUAAUGCACAAACACCACCAACCAUUAAAGUUGCAGUGACGGGCGAUCAGAGUUACCUCAGCACGGUUCUUCGCUGUUUUGUGGAGCAGCUCGCCAACAAGACGCCCGAUUGGUUGAGCUACAUUCGGUUUCUAGUCAUUCCUGUCGGUUGCCAUCCACUGGCUAAGUACAUCUCAGCAUUUGACAGUAAGUUCAAUAACAUCUUCAUGGACGCAGGAUGGAGGGACAUGUUCGGGAGGUUAGAAGCUCCUAAUUCAGACAAUAUAGAUGUGGCUGGACGUGUCUCGCAGUAUCUGGCUGGAGCCAAUCUCUCCCACCAGUUCCCUAUUUCUGAAGCAAUGCUCACUUAUAAACAGAAAAGGAAGAGAAGUUUGUAUUUUGAUUUUUACAUCAGCCCUGAUGAAGACUCCUGCCAGAAGUUCGUCCCAUUCAUUGGGUUGGUAAAAGUGGGAAUUGUGGAGCACAGCUUAUCUACAUCAGUGGACUCUGAUGACGCAGUGAUGGUGGGCAGUGUGAACAUGCUCUCCUCACCUCCAGCACAGACGGGAACACCGUAUGGAAAAGACAUGACCUCCACCCCUCCAUCAUCCCCCUCUGUUUCUGCCAGUCUCUCUGGAGCAGGUUCUCCAGGCACCGGUGGUGAGGUGAUGGGUCUUCAAGUGGACUACUGGACGUUACAGGGUGCAGAGAAGAAGAAAGAGGGCGAGAAAAAAGAUGUGGGGAUUAAGAACACACUGAAGAGUAAUUUCCGCUCACUGCAGGUUUCCCGAAUCCCCAGCGGAGGAGAGCCAACACCUCCUCCUGGAAUGGCCAUGACUGUUGUCAUGAAAGAGAAAAACAAGAAAGUGAUUUUCCUGAGCAAGAAGCCAAAAGAGAAGGAUGUGGACUCAAAGAGUCAAGUGAUAGACAGCAUCAGCAGACUCAUCUGCACCGCUAAACACCAGCACACCAUGCUGAAGGUGUCCAUCGAUGGCGUUGAAUGGCAUGACGUGAAGUUUUUCCAGCUCGCCGCGCAGUGGCCAACUCAUGUGAAACACUUCCCUGUAGGAAUCUUUGGCUACAGCAAGCCCAUGUGACCUGCUGCUGCCAUUCCGGAAGCUUCUCCGGCUCAAGGGGAGUUUACGGAUGGGGGGAUAAAAGAGACAAAUGGAUUUUCCUGUGGAAAUGGUCAAUUUGAAAGCCUGUGUCCUUGACAGAAAUGUUGUUAGUGAUGUUACUUGUCCUUUUUGUUGCUUUUGGCGGUGAAAGGAAACAAACGCUGUCUUUUAUUUUAAGAUGAGCAGCACAUGUGGUAGGAAUCGUACCAGCACGUACGGCAGCUUUAGUUUGCACUUUGUUGGGUUAGAGUUCGUUAUUAUUUCUGUGAAAUUUUACGUGUUGAUAAUUGUUCUAUGUACAAUAUUAUAGGGUGGGAUUUAUGAAGUGAGCUUAAUUGAAUUUGUAUUCUAAAAGUUUGUGUGGGGUUUGGUAAUGGCGUGUUAAUAUUUACAAGUGGGAGAGAUUAAAGGAAUAGUUCGCCCAUUUUAUGACAGAUUUGUGUGAGCAACAGUUCUCAGCAGCUCUUACAUCUCAUUCUGUGCCAGUUUUGAUGUUCUUAAAUUGAUGAUGACCGAAAAUUGAACUUGGGGUGAACUGUUCCUAUAAAUGACAAAUGGAACGGGCUCAUUUGCAAGUGGGAGGGGCCACAGAACAGGUGGGAGGGGGUUAUGUUGCUGUCUGUUAAAUGAUUUUAGUGUAGCUGUGAAUUCUAAAGGGCACGUUCUUUAAAUUUUAGUAACAUGAACAUUUUUAGAUUAAGAAAAGUGGCUUUGGUUAUUUAAUACAGUACUUUAUAAAUUCAUUACUUGGAUGAAUAUCAAAAGCGUGUUUAGGGGAUGGAAACAAAUAUGGACUAGUGUGGUCCUUUGGAAUUUGUAUGGAGAAGGCAGCUUGUGUGGGUGCAACUAAAGGGAGAUCUCAGUUUGUAAAAUGUUAAAUGCUUUAAAAAGCCCUUUAAAUCAUUUUAUUCCCUCUGUGUGGGGCAUUGAGCAGAUAUUUUCACUUUUUACUCUUUUAACAUUUCUACCUGCCAUCUCUGACCAUUCACGGUGACCGUGUUACCAGUGUUUUUGGAAGGCUUUGUGUGUUGAAUACAGGGUCCAGUUACUGCCGGCUAAUAAGGGCUCAUACUAAAAGAUUGUUGGGAUGAUAAUAGGACGUCCGGUCCAACUUUUUGUAACUUCUGUGGUGGAUCUGUUUAUGUUUUCUCACUCUUCAAAAGUCCCUUUACAAAAAUUGCCUGUUUGUAAAUACUGAGGGAGGGUGAUUGCAGCUUUACCUGUGGUUGUAUCUGUGUGAUUGAAUGUGUGUGUGUGUGUGUGUGUGUGAGAAAGAGGUUUUCAGUAUUAAUUUCAUUGAGUUUGCUGUUACGGCUUGUGGCGUUAUUUUACAGCCAAAGCGCAAACUAUGAUAUUGUUACAUUGUGCAUAAAAUCGAUGUUUUCAUGUCUUUCAUGAAUAGAACUGUUACCGUUCUUUUCAUUCUAUGUUUUAACCUAGUUUUUGUACUGGUUUUGUUUUUUGAGGUGGACUGCUUAGGUUUGUUCAGCCAUUUUGGGCCUCUGGUUGUUUUUAAGCACUACUUUUAGGGCAACAUGAGAUGCUUUUUUUUCUUUUAAUCUGUAAAACUGAGAGAACACUAAUAUUUGAUCUGUCUGUUUCAUAUAGAAAUGCAGACAUUUGCACAAAGCUUAUUUUUAAGUUCGACAGUAUUGAUUUUGAAUGAACCACUGAGGAAAGCUUCUCUUCUUCUUCUAUUCUCUGUAACGUGUGUACAUAAACGUACGGUAUACUGCCAUUUCAUAUCCUUUAUACUGGUUUGAAUUGUCAUACAAAUACUAAAAUGAUUUUAACCAUGGCUGCAUUGUGAUUUUUUUAACAUUUACUAUUAGUAUUUGUUUUUCUAUUUCCCUUUUUAAAGGAGUUGAACUCUUUUAUAGACUUUUCUUUUUUGUUUUGUUUUAAGACAUUAACAUGAAAAUAAGAAAGUGAACCGGUGUGUUCUGUUUGUUGAGUGCACAGACAUUUUUUUUUUUCUUUUCAGUAUUUGAUAAAUACUUACUGGAGGAUUGUGCAAAUAAAUGACAAAUAAUAAAAAUA